AUGGGCUCUAGCUCAAGAUCUCAGAUAUUCUCAGUUUCGUCUGAUAAAGGGUCCAGCAAUGAUAACAACUCAAAUGAUAACAACUCAGAUUCUUCCUACAUUCCUGACAGUCAUAAUGGUAUAGGAGGAAAUCGGUCAGUUACUGGUAAAGAUUUAUCUGUGGCACAGUAUGAAGAUGAUGUUGAGAAAUCUGUUCACCUUAAUCAAGAUGGCAGCAUCACAGUGGAAAUGAAAGUUCGAUUCAGAAUUAAAGAGGAAGAAACCAUUAGAUGGACAACAACUGUAAGUCGUGCUGGCCUUUCUGAUGACAAAAACACCACCACUUGCGAUUCUGCAAUGCAUGCGGAAGACUGCUUAUCCAAUGUAAAUGUAUCAGAAUGUAUAAAACCAAAAGAUGGUCCAUUUUUGAAGAGCUACAGUAAAGAAGAGGGAGACUCAUUACAGCAAUUCAAUGCAGAAGUGUCAGACAAAGAAUCAGAGUCUGAUUUAAAACCUGCUGGUUGUAAUAUCUGUAAGAAGAACAAUUCUGCAGAUCUAGACAUAAGGAAUGUACCUGAGGAUAAUAUCAGGCCUCGCUUUUAUAGGCCUCCUACCCCUGGGCCAAGGCGUGUUAGACAAAAGAAAGCCGUGGUUGAAAGUGUGACCUUGGUAUCUGAGAAAGAGGUUCAGGAGGAGACAAUAGGACAGUUUUCCUACAGUGAGGAACUACAGAAUGGAGAAAAUAAAUCUGAGUAUUGCAUGGUAGCUCAUUCAAGCAGAAAAAAAUCGAGUGUCAGUAAUCCAAAGUUUAGUGAGAUGAGUGACAAUGAUUCAGUAAAUCUUUUUUCAGAGAAUAUAAAAGAAGAAAUGUUUUUUAAAGGAAGCCAUAAAAAUAAUAAUUUAACAGAAACCACAAAUAGGAAGACAUUAGAAGUGCCUGGCGAGGAUGAAUUGGUACAGAAUAUAUUAGAGAAAUCAGUUGUGGAACAAGGUACAUAUAAUAAUUUAGUAUCAACCUGCAAAGCUAACAUCAGUGGUGUCACACCAUCAUCAAAAGUUUACCAGACGGCUAGGCCAGGUUCAGCAGACCACAUCCGUGAGCCAUGUGAUAUUAAACAAAUAAAAAGAUCACUGAGUUCUUUCAUUAGCUAUUCAGAAUUAUGUCAGUUAAAAGAAGAAACAAAAUGCAAAACUGCUGAUUUAUUACCUAUUUCUCAAGAUUCAGUGCAUUCAACCUGCCCCAGACAUAGCCAAAUGAACAAGAUGGUACCUCCAUGUAGUAAAGUUCCUGCUGAGAAAAUAAAUCCAACAACUGGAUUCUGUCCUACUGUUACUGAAAGUGAGAAUCAAAUCAGUGUCAGGACUGAAUCUGUGACGGCAACACAUCUCAUUUAUGACAGUCAAUCUGCAUCUGCCCUCACCAAAAAGAAGAAAAAGAAGAAGAGAAAAUCGUCUGACUUUCUAGAGCAAAGUACAUAUGAAAAUCAAAAAGAUAAAGAAAUUUCAGGGAUAAUUAAAAGUGAGGGAAUGCAUAUCACAAGCAAAACCACACAGGAUUCCACAACAGAGGCUAUGGAUAUUUAUUCUGAAAUGCCUCAGAAAAAAGGAACGGAUAUUUUUGUAAAAAACAAUGAUGGGUCUGUCAAUUCAGACAAAAGCAUAUGUUCUGAAGAUGAGUUCUAUCACCAGGGUUCAGUGGAACAAAAUGGAUUACCAUCUAACAAAAAAACAAGAAGUAAUAACAACAGGUUGGCCAAGGUAAAAUUGAAGUCAGGCGAAAAAAAAAGUAUCAUUUCAUCUGCAAAGAGUGAAGAUGGUCUAAUGACAGGUGAUUCAAACAAUGAAUCUGAACACGGUCAGAAUACACUGAGUACUGAGAAAGAAGGCACACAUCUCACAAACAGUUCUUGCGAACAGACACCUCACUCACCUGUGAUUUCAAAGGCAUUGUCAGAAGCACCAAAGAAUCCUAACUUUGAAAACGAAAAUGAAAAUAAUAUUUUGGAAAAUUUGCCAUCAAAGAAAGAGAAAAAGCAAAAGGGGAUGAAAAAAAAUCUAAGUGCAAAUAAGUUGAAUAUGUCAGAGAGAUUCAUAACACUGGAGGUUCUAAAACAGGAGGAUUUUCAAGAAGAGGCUGUUGAGCAUUCACUUGAAAACUAUGUCCAAACUUGGCUGAAAAACUUUUCACCAAAUUCUGUCUUACCCCCGAUAAAUAAAAAAGAAGAGAAUGUAAAGAAUAGCAAUGUCUGUCAUUUUCCUAAAGAAAAUAGUGAUGUUUCCACAGAUAAAGAAACAAGUUUUAUUACAAAUAAAGUACAUGUGACUGGAAAAAACCAUCUGGUUGAACAUAAUAUAAUCAAAAAAACAUUAAAGCCUAUUUGUGAAUUGGGAACUUUAGAAGAAUCAGCCAAGGGUUCAGGUGAAAAACAAACUGACUCUUUGAUUCAUGCUGAUACAACUAUAGUAGAAGAAGCCAAGUACUCAUUGGAGUCAGAAUUUCAUCAUGAUAGUAAGCUACACUUGCUUCAUGAAACACAUGACAAUGAUAAAAAGAUGUCGGAAGUUGAUAUUCAAGAUACCAACUUACAUCAAAGAAAAAAAUCUGAAGUUGCUGUUCAAGUUGAUUGCACAACUGUCAGGGAGAAAACAGUAAUUGAUGUUCAGAAUAAUUGCGUGUCUGGCAUGUUGCUGCAGGAACUACAAUCAACUUUGCUCAGUCUCCAGAAAGAACAUAGUGGAUGUAUAGGAAAAGCUUGCAGCCUUUCAGAUCUUUCUCCUUCAACUUUUGGUUCUUCCUCUAAUGUCCUCCUAGCUUGGUUACUUGUAUUGAAUCUGAGAGAGAGCUUGACUGGGACAAUAAAAGAUGAUUUGCAAAAAAAUACCUGUAGCUGUUCUGAAAUAUUUACACAGUUACAAUUUCUAAAACAAACUACAGUCAUAGAAAAAGUUGAUGAACUGAAGGCUGCCUUCUUGCAUUUUCAACAUUCAACAGAAAGUAACUUAUUACACUUUGGGAGGGAACUCAAAAAUCAGGACUCCACACAUUGCCUUGAGAAUAUGCCCAUAUCUGAAGACCAUAAUGGUGUACAUUUGCAUGAAAAUAAAUCAGUUGAUCCUUGUAUAUCAAAGGACAGUGUAAUUUCUGAAGAAGCUCUAAAAUUGACUGGUGAAUUAGAAAGGUGUUUUGAUAUACAGAAAGGUCUUUGUAGAGGAACAGAGACUUUAGGCUUGAGUGCUCCUGAAACACAGCUAGAAGAUCAAUAUGCCAAUACUAAUUCAAAUACCUGUAGCCUUGCAUCAGCUAUAGAGACACCUGAAAGAAAUCAAGAAAUGCCUGAUAGCCUAUAUAAAAACUCUCAUGAUAAAAACACUGAUACAUCAUUCAACAAUGAAGAGUCAGAAACAUCAGUAGAACCUAACUCGACAGUUCACAGUGUAACUUCUGAUGACAAAAAUUGCAUUUUAGAUCAGGAUACUUUUGAGUUAGAAGGUGAAAAAGGCGUUAUACAUGUUAUUCCUGAUAAAAGUGAAGAUGAGAAAGUUGAUCCAAAGUCAGCAGCUGCUGAAACUUCUGUGGAAUCUAAUAAUGAGGAUUAUUCUGUGCAGGAAGACAAGGAAGAUGCAGAAACUUGUGAGGAAACCUCUGAGAGGUUAUCUACAGUCUCUCCAUUAUCAUUUUGUUAUGAAUCAAAGCAAAUUACAGAAUGUGAUAUGAGUGAAGGAGAACAGAAAUUGCAAGUAGAAGAGCUGGAGAAUAAAAUGUGUUCAGGCACUUCUCAAUUAAAAAAAUGCUUAAAAAGUCCUGCUACUUCAGACUGGUCAGAUUACAGACCAGACACUGAAGAGAGUGAUUAUAACUUUAGAGCACCCAGUGAUUUGACCAAUGAAAGUGAGGAGGAAGCAGUACUUGAAAAACAUUAUAAUACUGGCUACGUCAAAAGAACUAUUGAACUACUUUAUGGCAAGACAGAAGCUUUGUUUAAGCCUGACUUUCACAAUGGAUUUCCUUAUAUGUCGAAAGUGUUUCAAAAGGAUACUGAAGAAUUCCACUCUGCAGUGAUGGAAAAAAGCAUUUAUUUUUCUCAAGAACCUAGGUCUUGUUCUGCAGAGAAAUUGUCACAUUCUCCACUACUAUCACAAGAAUUUCCAGUAAACAUAAACAAAGAGAACACUUUAUUGAGGAGAGAAAAUACUUCUUUACCAACACCACAACCUACCCUUAACAGAGAAGAGACAAAUUAUACCAAUGAGCUCUCGGGGGAAUCACCAAAGCAACAUUGUGAACCUAGCGUACAAGCUAAUGAAGAUGAAGGAAUAUUGAUAGAUAAAGGCAAAUGGCUUCUCAAAGAAAAUCAUUUGAUAAGAAGAUCACCCCCUGAACGGAUUGGAAUGUAUGAUAAUUUGGAUACCACGUCAACAGACACAGUCCUUGAUACUAACAGUGAUGAUGUUCCAUACUCGCACUUUGGCAAUCUGAAUCAGUACCCAGUCCUCAAUGAAAUCUCUUCUUCAGAACUUGAAGACAUGGCUAAACCCUCUGAAAAUUUUUGCAACUACUUCAAUAUGCCUCAUAAUAGUGAUUCAGACCCAUUUCAGGAUGACUUAACAAACAAAGAAAAGAUCAAACCAUCUGUCAUGGCAGACUCUACUUCCACACAGGCUGAUACCAAUUUUCCAGCCUUUACAUCUGUAGAAUUUAGAUUGCCUGAUAACAAGGUGCAUCCAUUGGAACAGCCUUUAAAUGAUGACCCCAUACAGACUCAGCCAACUGAUGUUAGUAAUGUUAACAGAAGUGCUCUUCAGGAAGAGGAUUCUCUGGAUAAACUCCAUGCUAUAUGUGGCCAACAUUGUCCAAUACUGAUGGUGACAGUAACACCGAUUAAUGAGGAACAGAGAGGAUAUGCCUAUCAAAAGGCAUCUGAUAUUGAGAACCAGCUAGGUCCAUGUUUGUUGGCCAAAAAGAGUGAACAUUUACAAUGGUCGGGCGAAGAUUUCAUAACAGAUGAAAAUAAUUAUGUGACUCUGAAGAAUAACCGUAUCAAUAAGAUUGCCAAUAAUAUUUUUAAUAGGUUUUAUGCUAAUAACAUCUUAGAUUUUAUUAGUAACUUUGAAAUACUUGCAUCUUCAACUCUGAAAGACACAAGCAGUUUAGGGAAGUUACAUGUUAUAGAGGAUAUGAAUGUAAAACUUGUGGAAGUCAGCAACUGUCAAAAUAACGUAUCCACACACAUAACCAGUGAUCUUGUAAUAGACAUAAAUAGUGAACUACCCGAUAGAAAGCCAAAAAUAUACCAAACCCUAAGAAUAAGCCUAAUUCAUAUUGUUGGAGAAAAAAAAUUUUCUCCCAUGCUGGCAGAUUCAGCAGAAACCUGUCAUUCUGAAACAUUUCUGAAGUGUGACACUUCUUUAAAUAACAUUGAACAUAAUGCCUCUGAAAAUCUGAAAAAUGAAAAUGCCUUUCCUACAGAAGAAGAAGAAGAAGAAAUUUGCUUUUGUACAAUGGACAGUGGAAACAGUAACGAUGAGAAAGACUUGUAA